AUGGAAGAUUCUGGAAGCAUGAACCUCAGGCAGAGGAUCCGAGCAGUAGUGUUCCGAGGAGCCAUCCUCGCUUUGGGAUUGAUAUCCAUCAUAGGCAUAACUUACCUCCUCUUCUCGAAGGCAAGAAUCCCUUGCAGUGCUGUAGGGCAGCAGUCGACUGACAAAUCCGCUUUCGAA